GACUGGCUGGUAAACUCCAGGCCUCCCAAAAAAGCGGGGGGGCAAGGCAGCAGGGUGUGUAAACAAGUAAACGGAGAUGAAGAAGGAAGCUCUGCAGUGAACCCGCAGCCCUGCGUCCCCUCCACUUGCCACCUGAGCCCAGCCAGAUCCUGGGAGGGAGCGGUGAGGCAGGUGGGGCACAACGCCGUCCCAGCCCCCCAACACCUCCCAGGUCCUGGGUGGAAAGCCCAGGUGCAGGAUAGCAUUGCAGAUGCCGGGCACAGCAAGGCAUGACCGAGAGAUGGCAAUCCAGGCCAAAAGAAACCUCUCUAAAACCACUGACCCUGUAGAAAGACUUCGCCUGCAGUGUUUAGCAAGGGGAUCUGCAGGCAUCAAAGGACUUGGCAGAGUAUUUCGCAUUAUGGAUGAUGACAACAGCAGGACCCUUGAUUUCAAAGAGUUUGUGAAAGGACUAAAUGAUUAUGCUGUGAUGAUAGACAAGGAAGAAGCACAAGCGAUUUUCCGGAUAUUUGAUAAAGAUGGCAGUGGAACAAUUGAUUUUGAUGAAUUUCUUAUUACACUGAGACCUCCCAUGUCGAAUGCAAGAAAAGAGAUCAUCAUGCAGGCGUUUAGGAAGUUAGAUAAGACUGGAGAUGGUGUCAUAACGAUUGAAGACUUACGGGGGGUGUAUAAUGCAAAGCAUCAUCCCAAAUACCAAAAUGGAGACUGGACAGAAGAUCAAGUUUUUAGGGCCUUUCUGGAUAAUUUUGAUUCACCCUAUGACAAAGAUGGGAAGGUCACAACAGAAGAGUUCAUGAACUACUAUGCAGGAGUCAGUGCUUCAAUAGACACAGAUGUCUAUUUUAUCAUCAUGAUGAAGAAUGCUUGGAAACUCUGAUCAUAUGAUUAAAGGAGCAAGACUUUACUUCCACCUUUUGUAGGUUCCCAUGAUUAAGUAUAUGCACAACAACACACUCAUUUUCCAUAACAGCUUGCAGUAACUGUGCCAAUUACAGUCAAUCUGCAGAAAUAAUUCCCAGAUGCUUCAGUAGGCUAAGCCUCAGGGGAUCAGAGCAUAAUCAGAGAGCAGAUCUGGUAUCCAGCCACUCUGCAGAUCUGUCCCUUUCCUCCCUGCAUCCCUGACAUGUCUUGUCUUUUCUGAGGCAAGCUGCUCCUUUCUUCUCAGACAUCCACAGUAUCUCCCUGCGGCUCCUGAAUGUACACCCUCCUCCAGUGUUAGAGACACCUCUGUUUGACAGAGGGUGCAACAGGGGGAAACCGAAAUAUUCUGGAAGGGUGGUGGUCUGGGGCAGACUAUUGUAAAUGUGAGGAAGCCUGUACCAGGAGGGUCACAUAGCCCUCUCACCUGUAGCACUGCAGCAUCUCUUGGCUUCUUGGGUCUCACUUGUGGGACAGAGCAACUGCUCAGCUCUCUGUUGGGAACACGUGAGUUCCCAGUGCUGGGAGGCUGGAGGGAGAAACAAGUCAAGAAGGGGAGGCACAGACCAGAAUAAAUGUAAAAUGCUCUUUAAAGGUCUGUUUUCUCCCUGGCUUACAACUCAGCACACAGGCAUCUUUCCUAGGCAUGCCUUGUUUCAAACCUCUGUGGGCCUGCUUAUAGCUUUUUUCCCCUGCUUUGAUUUCUUUCUUUUUGUACUGUGAGAUGAUCUCACUAAUAUUUUUCUUUAAAGGGCAUGUGUGCGUUACAGUAUUUUCUUCUCACUGUUCCUGGAACAUUUACUGGUCUGGUAGCUGUUGUCUCUACACACCUACAUUGAAAGUUGCUUACUACUUUUUGUAUUUAUACUGGCUUAUGAUCAAGCUAUGCCUUCAGGGAACUUUCUGGGAACUCAAAAACUUGUAACAUUCUUGUCUUGUCAUCUUCUGUUUCUGAUGCUGAAAAAAGGAUGGGAACCUGCCCUUCUGGUCACACCAAUGAGGCCGUCUCUAUUCUGAGAUCU